AAAUAAAUAAAAAUGGAGUGCGGUGAGCAGUAAUAGGAAGAAGAAGAUAGCAGGAAAGUAUUAAAUUGUCGUUUGUUUUUUUCCUUUUUAAUAAAAUAUCCGCAGUUCAGAAUAGAGAAAAAUGAAACAGAGUAUCCUCAUUCUCUGUUCUUUUCUCCAUUGAUAAAUUUGUUUAACGUCUUUGAUUCCUUUUUGAUUGGGUGGGAUGGCGAAAACGGGGGUGUUGAGUUCGGAUCCAACGGUGAGAGCGAAGGCAGUGGAACUGAAGAAAGAAUUGCAGAGACUGGUUAGGACUAUCGUCGACGACGAUGAUUACAGCAUCCAUGCCAUCGAUCGAGCUAAAGAUGCUCUUUGUGCUUUGAGAGGCCUUAUUAUGUUCAAUAAACGAUCCUCGCCGGCCACCUUUAAGUUACGUGAAGCGGUGCCCUGUCCUGAAGAGUUCAAAUGUCCUCUUUCUAAACAGCUUAUGAGAGAUCCUGUUAUUUUAGCUUCUGGUCAGACAUAUGACAGACCCUUUAUCCAGAAAUGGCUGAAUGCGGGCAAUAGGACUUGCCCUAGAACCCAACAAGUUCUUUCUCACACGAUUCUCACUCCCAAUCACCUGAUCAGGGAGAUGAUAUCGCAGUGGUGUAAGAGUCAGGGGAUAGAACUGCCGAACCCUGUACAGUGUGGUAGGGAGGAGGGCAUCACGGAAGCAGAGUGUGAUCGUUUCUUUUCUUUGCUCGACAAGUUGUCCGCUGCAGUGCCUGAACAGAAGGAAGCAGCAAAGGAGCUUCGUUUGUUGACAAAAAAGGUGCCUUCAUUCCGAGCUCUUUUCGGUGAAUCCAUUGAUGCCAUUACUCAACUGCUCACCCCGCUCACUAGAUGCAACUCUCAGAGUGGUGUUCACCCUGAUCUCCAGGAAGAUGUGAUUACGACACUCUUGAACCUUUCGAUCCAUGACAGCAAUAAGAAGCUUGUUGCUGAAACACCAAUGGUUGUUCCCCUUCUUAUGGAAGCACUGAGAUCUGGAACUAUUGAAACAAGGAGCAAUGCAGCUGCGACCCUUUUCACUCUAUCGGCACUUGAUUCUAACAAGGUUCUUAUUGGUAAAUCUGGUGUCUUAAAACCUCUCAUUGACCUUCUAGACGAGGGUCAUCCGUUGACAAUGAAAGAUGUUGCUUCUGCAAUAUUUAACCUAUGCAUUAUCCAUGAGAAUAAGGCAAGAGCUGUGAGGGAUGGUGCAGUAAGGGUCAUUUUAAAAAAGAUUGUGGAUGGUGUGCAUGUAGAUGAAUUAUUGGCUAUCCUUGCAAUGCUUUCGACCCAUCAAAGGGCUAUUGAGGAAAUGGGGGAGCUUGGAGCAGUUCCUUGCUUGCUUCGUAUUGUCAGGGAGAGCAAUUGUGAACGGAAUAAGGAAAAUUGCAUCGCAAUCCUGCACACCGUCUGUCUUAAUGAUCGAACCAAGUGGAAGGCACUAAAGGAAGAAGAAAUUAGCUACGGAACAAUAUCUAAGCUUGCUCAAGAUGGAACUUCGAGAUCCAAGAGAAAGGCUAAUGGAAUUCUCGAAAGACUAAGAAGGGCUAUUAAUAUUACUCAUACUGCAUGAAGAUAUCACUCGAUGCAAUAUCGCCAAGUGCAUCAUCUGUAAAUUCUGUUUCCAACACCCUGUCACCACUUCCGCGUAUCAGCAAUCUGAUCUUGUAAAUUAUUGUCCCUCAUCAGAGUUUUAAUCUCUGGUUUAACGGUUAGCUGCCGCUGUUAAUAAAAACGUUGGGAGCUUAUGUUUAUGAGAUGUUCUCUUUGUUUCAUCCAAUAACUUGUAAGUUGUUUUCCUUUGCAUCCACACACACCUGUUCUUAUUUGAAUACCAAUCAUGCAUUAGAUUCUUUUUU